UUCAGAAUUAGUAAACAAUGUUGGAUAUUGAUGCUUUUCGUAGGUUCUCGACUGCUUACGCAAUUAUUUAUCAUUCUAGCAAUGAGCGCAAGAUUAGCUUUACAUACACUCAGUUGCUUACAGCAGUUACUAGUGUGAAGCAAGUCAUCGAAACUCAGAAACUCGUUGGACACUGUUUCGGUGUUUUCAUAACGCAUUCACCGGCACUGAUAGCCGUUGUCAUUGGAAUAAACUAUUCGGAAUCAGUCUUUUAUUGUUUAAACGCUAAUUACAACAUUCCCCGCGUCAUAGAGGAAUUGAUACGUGUUGGCUCCUGCUAUUGUUUCUGCCUUGAUAAGGAUGUUGUGCAUUUCAGCAAAACUGAAUCAAAUUUCAGAAUUCUAAAUAUUUUGAAUUUACUUGACGAGAACAUAGCUUUGCUGCAAUUCAUAUCGGAUGUUUCUUCAACAAAAGCUGCGUGUGGUAUUGCAUAUUACAUUGGUACAUCCGGUAGUACGGGUCAGCCUAAGUUGGUUAAAGUACCCAAUCUUUGCAUUCAACCAAAUUUGGAAAAAUUGAAAGAUUUACUUCAAGUGACGCAGGAUGAUCGCUUAUUCGUAUCAUCGCCCUCAUCGUUUGAUCCAUUUGUGGUGGAUGUGUUUCUGGCAGUACGGAAUGGAGCCUGUCUAAUUUUGGUGACAAAUGAAAUUCGUUUGGACUCCGAACGAUUGCUAGGAGUAUUGUUUGUACAGGAUCGUGUCACCAUUAUGCAGCUGACUCCAUCACUUUUUCAACGUUGGAACGAACAAUCCGUUGCUGAUGUGAUUCUCAGGAAAGAUAGUUCCCUCAGGCAUUUAGUGUUAGGCGGUGAACCAUUUCCGGUGCAAAUGAAGAUACCGGAUCAGACCUCAACUGCCAUUCACAACAUAUAUGGAAUCACCGAGAUUUCUUGUUGGGCAACUAUUGAAACAGUUAAUCCCAAAAUUGUAGGUGGUGACAUAUCUUUAGGAUUGCCACUGGAUUGCUCAAUUGAGUUGCAGUUAAGGCAAGUUGACGACAACGAUAUUGUUCUGUCCAAAAACCAGGAAGCAUAUCCAUUGCGAGGUCAGCUUUUCGUAGGCAGUCGCACUCGUAAAUGUGUGGUGAAUGAUGAGCCAAUGACAACGUUUCUCGCCACCGAGGAGGUUCUCUAUCGAGGCACCGGUGAUCUUGUCGAACUACGACAGGACUCCAAAUUCUACUACCUAGGUCGCUGUGAUGAACUGGUCAAAAGGUUCGGUACACGAGUAAGUUUAGUGUGUGUCGAGCAGAUGGCGGAUCGAUGUCAUGGGGUAAGGAAAAGUUGUGCUGUAUUCGACGAAUUAAACCAUAAAUUGGUACUGUUUUAUACGACGAAUGACAAAUCUGAUCACGAAGCAAGCAUUACUGAAAAGCUCAAAACAGUACUUUGUAAUGAAAUGAUGCCUGAUGAAUUCAUUGAAAUUAAAACAUUUCCAUUGUGCAAGCAUGGUAAAAUCGAUCGGAAAAGUCUUGUUGGACAUUAUCGAAAACAUUGUGAGCAACAGAAGCUCACUACACAUAGUGACAUACGUGAAACAUUCAAUGAACAGAUUUACAAACUUUUAGGAGUAGGCUGUGCAAAUUCUCACAAGUCCAAACGUCAAAAAUGGGAUGGUAAAAUCUCAUUUCUGGAUGCAGGAGGUACGUCCAUUCAGGCGAUUCAGUUAACUACUUUUCUGCAAGACUACGCCAGUUCUCCAAUACCUCAUUUGAUCGGUUUACUGUUGGACAAGGCAGUUUCAUUGACGGAUAUUGCAUCGUAUUUGGAUGAAACUACCCACUUGAUCUCAUCGAAUAGUUCGAAGGCUAUAAAUGUGCAUGCUGUGAAAGAUAGUAUGGAAAUCUCUAUCGGAGCUCGUUUUAACAUGAACAAAUGCAUCGAUGCAAGCCCGACUACGUUUUAUAGUAAGAUACAUAAUCGAAACUUUUUGGCAGUAGGAAGUCACUCUCACAAAGUGGUUGUAGUUGAUACACAAAGUGACCAGAUUGUUUCGGAACUUAUACUUCCUGAUCGAAUAGAAAGCGCCGUUAGUUAUUUGACAGAUCAAGAACAUGGUUUUGUUGGAUGCUAUGAUGGUUUUUUGUAUUGUUUCGAUGUGUUAACUUCCAAUAUCCUUUGGAAGUUCAGUUCCGGUGGGAUGAUUAAGGGUAGAGCUUUAGUAUCCGAUUCUCUAAUUGUAUUUGGCAGCUAUGCUGAAGAAUACAAUCUUUUUGCUCUGGAAUAUAAUGGAACACUUGUCUGGAAGACACGAAUAGGAUCAAAAGGGAUUCUUUCCUCACCACUAGCGUUGCAUGAUAGAUUUGCAUUUGUGGCCACCCUGGAUGGUACUUGUUUGUGCUUCACAAUUAAAGACGGGUUCCAAAAUUGGUCGAAAAAACUCAAUUCACCGGUAUUUGCCAACUGCAGCGUCGUGGAACAUCUACAGUUAAUACUUGUAGCCGAGGUACAAGGAGUAAUUCAUUGUUUUACUAGUCAAAAUGGAGAAGAGCUCUGGUCAGUUUCAACAGAUGGUAACAUAUUCUCUACACCGAUAGUACAACAGCAGUCCGAUGAUUCCGUAAGGAUUCUUCUCGGUUGUCAUGAUAAGCAUCUGUAUUGCUUCAGCUUUACCAACAAUAGUGCCUGCGAAGGCGCCAAACUCGUUUGGAAAAUAAGAUUGCAGUCUCCCAUCUACUCAGGUCCUGUGUUGUUAGAUGACGACUUGAUAAUUGUUUGCAGCACAUCUGGUUAUAUCAAUUUGGUUUCGCUAACGAGUACUCAAGUGGUUACAGUUAUUAAAUUGGGUGGAGAAAUAUUUUCGACAGCAGUAGUUGUGGAUUCAAACACAUUUUAUAUUGGUUGUCGUGAUAAUACACUAUAUAAGCUUGAUAAAGUCAAUUCAAAAGGUUCGAAUCAGUGAGAUUCGAUUUUUUUUUUAUAAAACUAAUAUAA